CGUGAAUCACCCUAAUACUUAACGAUGAGUGGCAGAGGCAAGGGCGGAAAGGGACUCGGUAAAGGAGGCGCCAAGCGUCACCGUAAAGUUCUCCGUGAUAACAUCCAGGGAAUCACCAAACCAGCGAUCCGCCGUUUGGCUCGUCGCGGUGGAGUGAAGCGAAUCUCUGGUCUGAUCUACGAGGAGACCCGCGGUGUGCUGAAGGUUUUCCUGGAGAACGUGAUCCGUGACGCCGUCACCUACACCGAGCAUGCUAAGAGGAAGACUGUGACCGCCAUGGAUGUCGUCUAUGCCCUGAAGAGACAGGGACGCACCCUGUACGGAUUCGGCGGUUAAAUUUACGGCUUGAUCAGAAGACUUCUACAACGGCCCUUUUAAGGGCCACCCAAAUUUUCCUUCAGAGAGCAUAGAACCUUACCACAAUGAGCUGUCAUUUGGGUUACAGUUUACGUUGUGAAACGAUGACUAAUGUUCUAGAUGACACACUUUCACAUAACGGCCUUAAACAGUCCAGAUGGCUUGCCCAUGUACUCACGCCCAUCAAUUUUUAUCUUCUCUCCAGUGUUUACCGACAGCUUGACCUGUCCUAUGAUCUUGUCAAUUAGACCAAUGUUCACCUUCCCCUCAUGUUUAAUCUCAUUUGGUUUAAAACACUUAGCCGAAAAAUAAAAUUUUUUUGGGGGGGGGGGGACUAUGCACAACAUCAUGUAAAAACUAAUAUCACAUCAAAGACAUUAGCAUUACUGAAUGUCAUAAGACCCUCUUAAUCGUGAAAUAAUUGUAACUUUUUAUGUUAUUGUAUUUUAGGGGUAAUUGAUAAUUUAUGUAUUUGGAUGUCUUGGGAACUGUGGUUGAAAAUAAUCUAUAGUCACAAAGCACUAGAAAGCAUUUUUUCAUUUUGAUAUAUGCUCCCUCACAAUUAAACGGAUUAAACUGCUUUCGU